GAUCCCAAAACAGAUAAACCACAACAUUAAUGGGGAGCUGCGCGUCAGUGCCGGCGAAAGCGGGUCUCUGGCAAAGGAACAACAGGGGCUUGAAACCCAUCUCCAACGACAACCUCGACUCGCCUCGCCAGCAAUGUCCGCCGCCCUCCCUCCUCCUUUCGGUCGUCAACAACCCUUCCGGCGAUGACAUCUUCAAGAAAUACAAGCUCGGGAAAGAACUCGGGCGCGGUGAGUUUGGGGUCACCCACAAAUGCUUUGACCUCCAAACAGGCGAGGCCUUGGCUUGCAAGAUCAUAUCCAAGUGCAAGCUCCGGACAGAUAUUGACGUCGAGGACGUGCGCCGCGAGGUCGACAUCAUGCGGCAUUUGCCUAAGCACCCGAAUAUUGUGAGCUUCAAGGAGGCUUACGAAGACAUGGAUGCGGUUUAUCUCGUCAUGGAACUCUGCGAGGGCGGUGAGCUCUUCGAUAGGAUCGUGACGCGAGGGCAUUACACGGAGCGCGCUGCAGCCACAGUUAUCAAGACCAUUAUUGAUGUUUGCAAGGUAUGCCAUGAGCAUGGAGUUAUACAUAGGGAUCUCAAACCUGAGAAUUUCUUAUUCAUCGAUGAAAGUGAAACUGCUCGGUUAAAGGCAAUUGAUUUUGGCCUUUCCAUAUUCUAUGAAACUGGUCAGCGAUUCAGUGAAAUUGUUGGAAGCCCAUAUUACAUGGCUCCAGAAGUCUUAAGACGAAAUUAUGGACCAGAAGUUGAUGUGUGGAGUGCAGGCGUUAUCCUUUAUAUCUUACUAUGUGGAGUUCCUCCCUUCUGGGCAGAAUCUGAGGAAGGAAUUGCACGGGCCAUUGUUCAGGGUAACAGUAUAGAUCUUGAGAGGGAUCCCUGGCCAAAGAUUUCUGAGGAAGCAAAGGAUCUAGUGAAGGGAAUGCUCAACCCAAAUCCUUACAGUCGGAUGACAGUCCAAGAAGUCCUUGAACAUACUUGGAUUAAAAACAAAAAUCAUGUUCGUAAUGUUUCUUUGGGAGAAAAUGUCAGAAUAAAGAUCAAGCAGUUCUGCUUGAUGAAUAAAUUCAAGAAGAAAGCUCUUAGAGUGGUAGCAGGCAACUUGCCAGAUGAGCAAGUCAAUGGGAUCAGACGGAUGUUUAAUAUGAUGGACACUGACAAAAAUGGAAACUUGUCAUUUGAGGAGCUCAAAGAGGGCCUCAAUAAUAUUGGACACCCAGUUCCUGAUCCUGAUGUCCAGAUGUUGAUGAACGCUGCGGAUGUUGAUGGAAGUGGCACAAUAGACUGUGAGGAAUUUAUAACAUUGUCUAUUCACUUGAAAAGGAUUGGCAGUGACGAGACUCUUUUUCAAGCUUUUACAUUCUUUGACAAGAAUCAGAAUGGGUAUAUUGAGUUUGAUGAACUAAGAGAGAGUAUGCUAGAGGAUAACCUUGGCCCUAACAAUGAUAAGGUCAUCCAAGACAUCAUGUUCGAUGUCGACUUGGAUAAGGAUGGUAGAAUCAGCUAUGAUGAAUUUAAGGCAAUGAUGAAAACAGGGAUGGACUGGAAAAUGGCUUCUCGGCAAUAUUCUAGAGCGUUUUUAAAUGCACUAAGCCUCAAAAUGUUCAAGGAAAAAUCUAGGGAACUAAAGCUUGUGUAAUCACUUAGCUACGUACGCAAGUAUUGAGCUACCUUAAAUAUCCUCCUCAAAACAAUGAACAACAGACAGGAAGGUCAAAUGUUUGCAAAAACCAUUCAUCUUUGAUUCGAGAAUAUUAGAUGGUUUUCAUCUGGAAGGUAAUGGAAAUGGAUUUUUUUUUUUUUUCCUUUAUUUUUUGGGAGAAACAA